AUGUUCGCCCCAGAGCUGCUGAAGGAAACUGGAAAUGGUGACAACUAUCCACGUGGAUCACCUCAAGGCGAUAUAUAUAGUUUAGGCAUGAUAUUAUAUUGGUUAAUGUACAGAGAGGAUCCGUUUGCCAAGACGGGCCUACGUGGAAAAGCGCUCGUUGCCGAGAUACUCAAGCGCCGCUUGAAACCUGAAGCAGACGAUUACGACGGUUCGCCUGAUCAGAAGGCUCUUGCUCGUCUGAUGAAGGAGUGCUAUACCACAGCUGCCGAGUCGAGGCCCAGUCUUCGAAAUGUUCUAACAGCUGUGAACAAGGCAUUUUCUACAUCAAAGGGAAACCUGGUUGAUCAAAUGAUACGCAUGAACGAAAAAUAUGCGCAGAAUCUCGAACAGAUUGUUGCCGAAAGGAACGCUAUGCUUCAGGAAGCCCAGGAACAAACAAACCGUCUCCUGAACGAGAUGCUUCCAGCGUCCGUAGCGCAAGUUCUCAAGGAAGGCGGUACGAUACCUCCAAGAAGUUACGAUGCGGCUACUGUAUGUUUUGUGCAACUCUGCGAUUUUCCUGCAUUGGUCAGGAAGAGCAGGUCUGACGAGGUCAUCAGUUUUCUUAACGACGUUUUUGACCGCUUCGACACAAUUAUUAAAAAACAUGACGCUUACAAGGUCGAAACUACGGGUGAGACUUAUAUGGUAGCAUCAGGAGUACCGAAUGAGAAUGAGGGUCGUCACAUUAUCGAAAUAGCUGAAUGCAGCUUAGAUAUCAGAGAGGAGUCCUAUAGCUACGUGGUCUCCCACUGUCCAGACUUCAAAGUACGAGUUCGUAUCGGAUUCCACUGUGGUCCGAUCGCUGCAGGCGUCAUAGGGAUACGGUCGCCGAGAUAUUGCCUCUUCGGAGAUACGGUUAAUUUCGCGUCACGUAUGCAGUCUAAUUGUCCUCCAAAUCAGCAGACAAACCAGUGA